AGGGCGCAUCAAUUCCUAAUUCGCCGGACCAUUCCCAAUUUCCCCUUCCCUAACGACGACCCCGCCCCGCUGUCCCGCUGCUCCCCUAGUCCGAAGAAUGGCCUCCAAGUCUUUGCUCUGGUUCCUCCCCCUCCUCUUUCUCCUCUCCUCCGCCAUCUCCUCGUCGAUGGAAAUCAAUAGCGAGGCCGGAGGAGAUAGAGAUUACGUGACGAGGGAGUCGUUCCCCAUGGACGGAGACGUGGCAUGGGUCGUCCAGGUCUCCGACCUCCAUCUCAGCGCCUUCCACCCCGAGCGCGCGGAGGACCUUGUGAGCCGCCUCGCCCCUGCCCUCCGCGUCAUCCGGCCCUCUCUCCUCCUCAUCACUGGGGAUAUCACUGAUGCUAAAAACAAGAGACGGACAAGCACAAGGCAGGAUGAGACAGAAUGGAUCCAAUACAGAAACACCAUGGAUGCAAUUGUUAGAUUAAGUGGCAUAGACAGGAGGACAAUCUUUGACAUAAGAGGCAAUCAUGACAAAUAUGGAGUUCCCUAUGUUGGACACAAGUUGGACUUUUUCCCCACUUAUAGUGUCAGUUCACAGCUAAAUAGGACAGGCACCAUUCAAAGUAUCUCUCUUCUGGGAAGAGAGAGAAAAUACAUCUUUAUGGGUAUAGAUGAUACAAUCAGCACUGGGAUACGUGGGCCAUCAAAUUUGUUUGGUCAUCCAACCAACAAAAGAAUGGAUGCAUUGGAAUCAGAACUCCAGUAUUGGGAUAAUUAUCCUGGAAGCUUGGUAGCAAAAGUUGUCUUCGGGCAUUUCCCAAUGUCUUUUACUGCUUCAUCCGAAGAGGGUAAACGCUAUGAAAAUAUAUUUGCAAACCACUAUGUUUCUGCAUACAUUUGUGGCCACCUGCACGCAAAGUUUGGUAAGCAGCUCUGGAGGCUCCAUACUGUUGAAUUGACAUCUAAUGCCAAAGAGCCUAAUAUAGUUAAACAGUUCUGGGAAUGGGAAGUAGGAGAUUGGAAGGACUCCAGAUUGAUCAGAAUUCUAGCUAUAGAUGCAGGGGAAGUUUCCUUCAUUGAUUUUGAAUUUCUUGACAAACACAAACUGCUAGAGGAUUUUGAAACUACCAUCCUUAUCACAUAUCCCACUGAUUCAAGAAAUAUGAAUCGAAUUAAAACAGAUAGCCUGCCAUUUAGAAAUGAUAUCAAUGCUCUCGUCUUCUCUGCUCAACCAAUCAUCAAUGUGACUGCUAAGGUUUUUGAUUCAUUUAGAGAUUUUAAGAUGGUGGAAGAAAUACCACUGGAGGUUGCAACUAAUUCUGGCGCUCAGAAGCCAUUAUUUCAUGCCAAAUGGAAUGCUGAAAACUACAGAAGUGUAUCUGCAACUCGUUAUUGGCUGCAGGUUUUUGUGAUAGACUCUCAGGGAAAGGAGAUUGCAAGCCAACCAAGACCAUUUUCAGUUGAAGGUAAACCCGGACAUUAUCAAAAUACAUGGUUGGCUCAUUUAAUUUUUGAAGUUCAGUGGGACAAUCUAUAUUUGAUUCUUUUGUGGAGCAAUGUUGCGUUUCUAAUCAUAUUUUUAUUUCUUCCAAAACUUCUAAAUUAUUUCAUGGAGAGAAAUGCAUCUUAUCAGAAGUGGGUUAUGUCAGUCUCUGUUUCCUCACAUACCCAACAGAGGAAGAGCUAUUUUUGGGUACUCUGGUUCUUGACAGAGGGCUCAAGGAGUGGGAUGUUAUGGUUUGCUAUGAUAAUAUAUGUUUUAUAUCUGCUCAAAUUGCCAUGGUUCUGGGGUCAUGCAACAUCUGAGGAUGGAGACAUUGCAGGAAUGUAUUUAUCUGGCUGGAGAAUACAGGUUCCAAACAGUUCCAUGAUGAUAGACAAUCUAGGCAUCCCCGACAUAUUUACCAUCACCUUACCAUUCAUGUAUUUGGUAGUAACUCCAAUGAUUAUUCUCAUUUACAGCUUGUUUGCCAAAAGGUCAGCAGUAUAUUUGUGCUCUAGAGGGAACAUAAGGUGCUCAAAUGGACCACUUUUGAUGGAAUCAGAGCAGGGGUCGCAAGAUGUUUCAGGUGUUCCAACCAACUCCUCAGAGGACAUUAAUCAUCCCUCAGUAUAUAAGACAUGUGGAGGUUGGACAAGAUGGGUCAUCCUGUUGGCAUGUUUGGUCAUUAUCUUGAUACAUUUUAAGCUAUGUUGUGCUCUCAUGUUGGCAUAUGGAGGUGGACCUAUUGCCUUGUCACCUGCCUUGAUGUGGGCGCCACCUUUAUUUUUGGCUGCAGCUUUUUAUUCAACAAGGACCAUUGUGAAUCAGUAGAACAUAUGAUGGCUUCAUAUCUGCACGAAUUUAGAGAACAUUCAUCAUUAUCCAUUUGGAUUAUUCUGGUGUAGUGGUAUUGGAUUGAAUAGCUCUUACGUUGGAACAUUUCUAUGUGGCCCACUGUACCAACUGAAGCCAAACUACACACAUCUGGUAGUAGCAAAAUUGUUGCAUGACAUUUUAUAAAAAUAAAUGCACUUUCUCAAACAGAAACAUAUCAGUGUUGUCUGUUUGAUGGUGGUGUUUCGAUUGUUUUACCUUCUUACAUGAUCAAACUCGCCUGUUAUUAGUUGUACGAAUUUUAAGGGAUAAGUUUGUAAUGUUACUGAAACUGAGAUUUUGAAAGAAGCAAUAUUGUGACUCUGUUUUUA